CGGCUCCCGUCCCAUCCUCUUGCACAGUGCCGGCCCUAGGCCAUCCAACCCCUGAACCCUCUCAAUUUCUCCCCCAAAUCCCCCGCUCCCAUCCGGCGAGCUCGCCGCCCCGCCGCCGCCACGCGGAAACCCGCAAUGGAGGAAGGCAGCGAGGCGCAGCCGCCGCUCCAGCCGGAGGCCGUAUCAGCCGAAGCCUCGGAGCCGCCGCCUCCUGUCCCAAUGGACCAAGACGAGGGCCAGGCGGCAGCUGCGGAGGCCAUGGAGGGGGAAGCUGAAGGCGCUGCGGCGGCCGCGGGGACCAUUGAGGGCGAAGCGGGAUAUGCCGCGGCGGAUGCUGAUCCCAUGGAGGAUGAAGCGGCGGACGAAGCCGGCGCCGCUGAGCCCAUGGAGGACGACCCGCCGACGUCGUCCGCGCCGUCCGCCACCGCGGCCGUUGACGACUCGACCAUCGCGCGGAAGCGCCGCCGCCGUAAGAAGCAGUUUCCCGGCAUGAUCCCCACGGCGGGUGUCCGUGUCCUCCGAGCAGCCGCCUCCGCCCCAUCCGCGGCGCAUCUCAACGGCGUCCCUCGCCGCCGUGGUCGGCCCCCGACCUCCUCCUCACUCCGCCUCGCGCGAGAGCUCGAUGCUGAGGCUCUCAUAGCCCUCGCGGCGGGGUUCCCGGCGGACUCCCUCUCCGAGGACGAGGUCGCCGCCGCCGUCCUCCCACGCAUCGGUGGCGUCGACCAGACCAACUAUCUCGUCGUCCGCAACCACGUCCUCGCGCUCUGGCGCUCAAAUCCGCUCUCCCCGGUUGCAUCCAACGCCGCGCUCGCCUCCAUUCGCGCCGAGCACGCCCACCUCGUCGCUGCUGCGCAUUCCUUCCUUUCAGACCAUGCGUACAUCAAUUUUGGCCUUGCUCCAUCAGUUAUUUCCCUCCCACCGUGCCCCCCUCCUUCCCUUCCUCCCCCCUCUGUCCUUAUUGUUGGUGCUGGUUUUGCCGGCCUCGCUGCUGCACGGCACCUGAUGUCCCUUGGCUUCAAGGUCGCCAUUGUUGAAGGACGACUGCGCCCUGGCGGCCGUGUGUUUACUAAGUCUAUGCGCUCCACUGCUGCAGAAUAUCCUGACAUUGCAGCUGCUGCUGAUCUUGGAGGCAGUGUGCUCACCGGUAUCAAUGGAAAUCCCCUUGGUGUCAUUGCACGGCAGCUUGGGUUUCCACUGCAUAAGGUGCGGGACAAGUGCCCGCUGUAUCUUCCGGAUGGUCGCCCAGUUGACCCUGACAUGGACGCCCGUGUUGAGGCUGCCUUUAACCAGCUUCUUGAUAAGGUCUGCCAACUGCGGCAGGUUGUUGCGGACAGCAUCCCACAUGGCGUGGAUGUGUCACUUGGCAUGGCAUUGGAGGCGUUCCGAGCGGCACAUGGUGUCGCUGCUGAGCGAGAGGAACGAAUGCUUCUUGACUGGCAUCUAGCUAAUCUGGAGUAUGCCAAUGCUGCUCCUCUAGUUGAUCUAUCCAUGGCCUUCUGGGAUCAGGAUGAUCCAUAUGAAAUGGGUGGUGACCACUGCUUUAUUCCUGGCGGCAAUUCUCGUUUUGUCCGUGCGCUUGCUGAUGGCAUCCCAAUAUUCUAUGGGCAGAAUGUGCGAAGGAUACAGUAUGGGUGUGAUGGUGCGAUGGUGUACACGGAUAAACAGACUUUCCGUGGUGAUAUGGUGCUCUGCACUGUCCCCCUUGGUGUGCUCAAGAAGGGUAACAUUCAGUUUGUGCCUGAGCUCCCAGCUCAGAAGCGAGAGGCCAUCGAAAGAUUGGGUUUUGGUUUGCUUAACAAGGUUGUGCUGCUGUUCCCCUAUGACUUCUGGGAUGGCAGGAUCGAUACAUUUGGGCACUUGACGGAGGAUUCUGGUCAGCGUGGAGAAUUUUUCCUGUUCUAUAGCUAUUCAUCGGUCUCAGGAGGGCCACUGCUCAUUGCGCUUGUUGCUGGGGAAUCUGCAAUCGAGUUUGAGAAGACAUCGCCAGCGGAAAAUGUUGAGAAGGUGCUAGAAACACUUAGGAAAAUAUUUUCACCAAAGGGGAUUGAGGUUCCAAAGCCUUUGCAGGCCAUAUGUACUCGAUGGGGUACUGAUAAGUUUACAUAUGGUUCAUAUUCUUAUGUGGCUAUUGGAUCUUCUGGUGACGAUUAUGACAUUCUGGCAGAGAGUGUGUGCGACAGAGUUUUCUUUGCUGGGGAGGCAACAAAUAGGCGGUAUCCUGCAACGAUGCAUGGAGCUUUACUUAGCGGGUACAGGGAGGCUGCCAACAUUGUAAGAGCAGCUAGGAGGAGAGCGAAAAAGGUGGACUCACCUAAGAAAAUGGAUGUUAACAAUGAAGUCAAAUAUGAAGUUAAAGUCGACAACAUUGAUCUGGAUGAUCUCUUCCGUACUCCUGAUGCUGCUUUUGGGGGCUUCUCAGUUCUCCAUGAUCCAUCUACCUCUGAACCUGAUUCAAUUUCAUUGUUACGUGUUGGAAUUGGUGCAAGAAAGUUAGGAUCUGGCUCGCUUUUCCUCUAUGGUUUAAUUAUGCGAAAAAAUGUAGCCAAUUUAGCUGCAAUGGAGGGUGAUGAGCAACGAUUGAGUACACUGUACCGAGAUUUUGGGACAAAACUCGUGGGUUUAGAUGGCUUGGGUGACUCUGGGUCAAGCCUUAUAUCUCGGAUAAAAGCUGCUGCUAGGAAAUAAUACCAAGCCAAGAUGUUGGAAUGAUUCACUGUCAGCUGUAAUAGUCGUGAGCGCUGAGCAUUGACUUGCAUGCUCAGCAUAGUUACUGACCCUGGAGUAAUUCGUUCAUUUCAUUGAUUACCUUAAGCAUAUUAACUCUGAUCCAAGGUGUAAGUUGUGCCAAUGUUAUGCUGAUAAAACAAUGGAGAGUAUUUGAAGAUCAUAUUACCAUGGAAAUAAUGGAAGAUUAUUGCCAUCACUUUCUGUGCACAAAUGAUACACCACUCUGAGACUACUUUGAUGGCAUCGUUACAUAUAUUAAUUAUGUUAAGUUUUAUCUAGCCCUUGUUAUCAUUUCUUCUGACUUUCAGGGCUUAUGAUUUCAAUAGAUGAGUUAUUGUGUGAAUGAUAUCAGUGGAAUAUGUGAAGUGCAAAAGGAUUUCAGGAUCCUGUUGCUUCUAAUAUUUUUAACAUUUGGGUUAUGAUAUAUAACUAUGAUUCAUGGAUAA